AGGAGUAAUAAAGUUUGAGAUUUAAAACUUGGCCAAGUCAAGAUGGCGGCUCCCAUCCCGUUGUCGGUGUCGGUUGUUUUGGUCAGCAUUAUUGGUGCAGGAAUCUAUGAUGUGCUUACAAAUUUUGAGCAAAAUGGGUGUGAAAUGACGUACAUGUACGAAUAUCCGGAAUAUCAGGAAAUAGCUCUUGGCAAACUUCGUAAAGAGUAUCCUACGUAUCGGCUUUUUAUCUAUGGAGAAGGCCAGUAUGCAAGGCAGUUGAGGAAUUUAAAAUUAGAUGGUAUUCCUGUCCUCUUUAUCCCAGGAAAUGCCGGAAGCUACAAACAAGUUAGGUCACUUGGUUCUGUGUCCUUACGGAUGUCUGAACACCCUCAGGUCCGAGCUCAUUUCAAUUACUUUGUUGUGGAUUUCAAUGAGGAGUUGUCUGCUCUGUAUGGUGGUGUGUUGGACAAACAGACUGAAUUUGUACACCACUGUCUGAAGAAAAUUCUGUCUUUUUACUCUGGGGCAAAAUCUCCCCCCUCAUCUGUUGUACUGGUUGGACACUCUAUGGGUGGUAUAAUUGCAAGAGCUCUCUUUACUUUACCGGACUUUGACUCGUCAAUGGUCAACACAAUUAUAACCCAAGCAACUCCUCAUCAAAGGCCAGUGGCUCCAGUUGAUAUUCACUUGGAGAAGUUUUACUCUAAAGUGAACCAGUAUUGGAGGGAUAAUUCACUCAGCUCUGUACGCCAUGUUACGAUUGUCAGUACUGGGGGUGGGUACAGGGAUAUACAGGUGCGCUAUGGCCUCUCAGCAUUGGAUGGGAUUGUUGCCCUUGAUCGUGCUGUUAGUGCAUCUACAAUGGCAAUUCCGAAAGCCUGGGUGUCCACCGACCACCUGUGUGCUGUUUGGUGUCGACAAAUGGUACUACUUACAAAGAGAGCACUCUUUGAUAUUGUUGAUGAAAAAACGCUGCAGGUAUCAGAAGAUACUGAGGUGAGGAUGAAAGCUUUUCAGCACCAUUUCCUCAACAACAAUGGACUCCCAGACUACCAGUCUUACAAUGAGAACAAGACUAUCACCCUAGAUUCCAAGAUUCAGUGGACAUACCGAGAUGAAAAGACGUGGAAAUUCAGUGUUGCAAAGACCACUGCCCCGCAAUACUUCUCAAUUCCCUUGGUGGUUGAGGAAAGAUCAGAUUCAAUUAUUAUCCAGACUAAUUUGACCAACCCUGAAUGGAUUUGCUACUGUGACUUUCCAGAGGGAGAACAGAAAUGCUCUACAUGUACAAGUUUGUCCAGCCGCAGCAGGUUCUUACCUCCACUUUAUUCUAACACUCGAUAUUUGAGGAUUGCGUUCAAAGACAUUGAAUUGACUCCACGUUCACACAUUGUCAUAAUUGUGCCGUCUGGACAAAGAAAGGUGGACAUCGUAAGCGAUCGCUACAACAGUGAUGAACGUCACCUGGUCUUUCAGAUGCCAAACAUUUAUGAUACCAUAAUCUCAUACCCAGUGUCUGCGACAGAUGGCGCUGCAAUGCUCAAAAUCUCAAAUGGGUCUGCUUUUUACAGCUUGCAUCUUGCUGGCUUGUCUCUUCCUACAAACACUUAUAGGGCCCUAGUCAUGCCAAUGGGCUGCAGAAGACACAAUGCUGAAGGGUUUGAGGGCAGCAUCCUGAGACUGAACAUACCUUGGAGCAAAGAAGAGUCAUAUGUGUUUUCUGGCUAUGGCAAAGAACUCAGCAUACCAGUGAAGCUACAGUCUGGUAGACCAGCUGACUAUGACUGGCAACUGGACGCCUCCGAGCCCCAUCUGGAAAUGUUCCUGCACCCAUACUGUCACUACAAGCUCAAGCUGAUUGUGGCCACACAGGACACUCUAGGCCAGGCUGUCCGCUUCUAUGGCGUUCUGCUGCCCGGCUACCUGGUCGCUGUGCUGUGCCUGCUGCUGCGCGGGGUUGUCGUGGCCCACGGCAAAGGUCAAGUUGUGAGCACCAGAGAACAGUCACCUGCCGACAGCCUGAUGGAGCACGCCAAGCCUUAUUACAUAAUGCCUACUAUUUUAGUCCUCAACUUUCUCAUCAGGUUUGGUCCCGUGGCAAAACUACUGACGAAAUUCGGAGUUCCGGAGGAUGAUGCAGCCUCGUUGGCCGCCCAGAGCAUCUGGUUCAAGAUGUUACCACUGCUCAUGUAUCUGUGCUGCUGGAUGACGUCGUACAUGCAGGCCUUUGUAGUCUUUCACACCAUGAGUGUUGUCAGCUUCUUGGGCCGCCUCUUUGCAUGGUUGCCCGAUGGGCUGGUGCGACUGAUCUCCUCGGGCCAGCUUGUUCUCAGUGUCCUGGCCAUCUCGUCCUGCCUGGUCUGUGGUUCUCUGGGCUCCUUUCUCGUCUCAAGUCUCCUCAUAUUCAAGGUGCUUAGACUGAUGUACAUAGUGAGCCGCCAACAAGACAGCAAGGACACGCACAGAAAGCUGUCUCUCUACUUUCCCAUCAUGCUGAUGGUCAACCUCCAGGCUCUACUCAGCAUGGGACCCUUCAUCAUAUGGGCCAAGAAUGUUGCCAUGACCAGAGCCUGGUUUCAGCCAUUGGAGUCAGAUCCCAGCCGUUAUCCUUCUUUAGCUGUCACUGUUGGAGUGGUUCUCUUGCUUUAUGCUGAGAAUGCCACAGUCAGCAGGAGUCAGAGUGCAGUCAUUGGCUGGGUGCUGUAUGCCAUGACAGCCAUAACCCUGCUCUAUGCCAUGGAGUCACUCUACAGACUACCAGCCUACAUCAGCAUAUGUGUACUGGCUGUAUCUCUGCCAUAUGCUGCCUCGUUUCUCAUGCAAAAACUGAAUGGUGAACGGCGAAAAAAUGAAUAGGUUUUUACUUCAAUUUUUUAUCAUGUAUUUUGGAGAAAAAAUAAGUUUCCUCUUUUUUUAGUCUCUGCUGUUUUUUGUCUUUGUUGAAGGUGAGAGGAUUGUUAGUUUUAAAUGUGCUUCCUUAUUUACUCUUUCCUUAUUUUAUCAAAACUAAGUCAUUUUUAGUUUGUUUCAACAUUUCUUUCUUCUUCUUUUGUCCUUGCUAAUGAGAGCAAGAUAAGUACUUGUAUUUUAAAAAUAAUUUUAUGCCUCUUUUCUCUUUGUGAACAAAAAAUGAAUUUGUGUUUUUGAUUUAUUCCUCCUGCACUCUUUCUUUCUGAGGUCUCUUAAUUAGAGAAAUGCUUUGACUUCUGAAAAAAAAGAUAUCUGAUUUUGAUGGAAAAAGCUUUGCAGCAUCUAUAUUUGAAAAAUGGAAGAGUAGAUUUACCCUUUUCAAUUUUUUAAAAAGGAAAAACAAAAAUUGUAUUUCCCAUUCUCUUAGUCCCUCUAUCUUUUUAUGAUCUCUUCGAUAAAGCACAGAGCUAUGUAGUCUUAUACUUGCUCCCUUCAUAGUCACUUUUUUCAUGAGAAAAACCAAAACAAGUCAUGUGUACUUCAAAAUUUAUAUCAGCUGUUCUAUCUCUUUGUUUCAGUUUUUUAGUAACCUUGGCAAGUAUUUUUUAUGUGUUAUUCAAAUGAACAAAGUAUUUCUUUUUUAUACAUAUCUUUCUAACUCGCCCAGUAAAGCGUACCUACUGUUACAUUGCGGAAACUCACAGAGUGCUGCAAGUUACUGUUUUCCACUGCAAAUGUGCUCUCAGACUCGCAGAUUGAAGACAUUUCCAUUAGGCCAAACAAUGGAAACUUGGGGGGGGGGGGGUUUGGUUACCUUAAAAGAGGUAGGGGACUGAAUCAUCCAUCAAAUGUUGAUGGCCAAUGAGUACAAAAACAGCAUAAUCAUUCCAAGUGAAAUAACCUGAAAUCGAGCCAUUUACACAUGUGUGCAACUGAUGUGGAUGAAUAUUUACACAUAAAAUGUAGUGGCCUUUAAUAGUAACUGUUAUGUGGUCUAUAAUACAGAUAGAUCCUAUAUCCUUCUGAAACAGUAACACUUAUAAUUUUGUUUGCUGUAAUGCACAUAAUUAUUUUGCUGUAUGUUCCUGGCGGUUCAUCUUCUGGUUCCCUCCUGCUCAUUGUCUCCUUUGUUGAUUGUUCCCCCAAAAGUUUUUGUACUCGCAUUUUUCUUGAAACAUUUGAGGUGCUAGGUGGUUCUUGCCUUUUGUUAUGUCUCUGUGCCUGCGUAUGAGAUGGGAUAGGAAUUUGCUUUGUUUUAUGAGCUGAAAGCCAACAGUAACCUCCAUUUAGUGAAAUGUGGAGUUGUAGCUGCCCGUCAAGACAAAGCUUAAAGUCAUUAAAAAUGUCUUGGAAGUUUUGGAAUUCUAGUUCUAAUCUGGAAUUCAACUUUGAGAAUCUUAGUUUCAACUUCUUUCUAAGUGACUUUAGCUUCAUAAAGAUAAGGUACUUGGUGCAUGGUUUUAUUCAUCUUGGAAUAUACCUCUUAUGAUAGAUCCAGUUUUAGGAGUGAUCUUUAUGAAGUGUUCACAAUAACAUUGUUGUUACAAAUGUGUUUUUUUAUGCCAUUGUGGGUGCUACAGGAAGAGAUAAGCAUAUUGUAUAAAUUUCAAUGGAAGGUUUGCUUCUUGCUCUGUCACUAUUUCCACUCGUGAUGAAUUUGUAAAAUUAGAUGUGUUGGAUGGCCUAGAGACUUUGUUUUUCUCUAGUCGUUUGAGCCUUCCAUUGCAGUUGAUUUUUUAGUUAAUGUUGUUGUAAUCAAUUCAGCAUUCUUUGACACCAACUGGAUAGAAGUACUCCUUGUGGUAGAAGGUGUCAGAUUUAGCCCUUUUUGAGCCAAACACUUAUGCGUUCUGCUUUUCUUCACACAAUACAUAUGCUGAUAAAUUGUGGGUGGAAAAGAAAUACUAGUUUGUUUCUAUUGCAGCACAGGGUGUAGUGCACACAGAGAUACCUGUGGGAGGAGUGUAUUACUUUAAAGGGUUAAGUUUGUACUUUAAGUCUUGGUAAUGUAAACCGAGAAUGAUCAAAGUAUUGAAAGUCACACAUUUGUUUCCUUCCACAUCGCUUUUUCUCACAUCGUUUGUGAGUUGUGUUUCAAAUGUGAGGAGUGUUCAGAAAUCUAUGUACCAAGGAUGAUCGUUUAAGCACACAAUCCUGUAACUGAUUUUCUGUGUUCCAUGUGUGUGCAUUAUGUGUAUAUGCAUUCCUGCCUUUUAUUUAUGCAUUCACAUCUCAAUUUGGAUCUUGUUAUGGUAGUGGCUGAAGUAUAGUGUACUUGUCUGAGAAAUACCACAGUGCAAUGAAACUGCACAAAAAUUUGUCUUUCAGAUAAGACCUACCUUUUUAUUUGUGACUGGUUGUACAAUGUACUUUGCCAUGCUGUUUGUAAUAUAUGUGCCUGCUGGCAGAAACUGGAAUAGCAGAAUGUUAGUAGAAUAGUAGAUAUGAUGAAGGACCUGUGUACAUUACCUGAUUACUUAAAAUAUAAAGCUUAGAGCUCAAUGUUAUUUAAAAUCUAUACUCCGCCACUUUCCCUUACUAAAUAUGCGCCUCCUAAAUUAUCUAAAUAGUGUCGAUGGGGGCAUAAAACACCUACAGUUGCAUUUUUUUGUGUUACUUAAUGUGCACAAAGACUGUGGUAAAUUGCAUUUGAUUCGUGCAGUGAAAAUGAUGACAGUGAUCAAUGAUUAGGAGGACCUCAUUAUUCAUGAUAGCCCAUUUGGCUUUGUGAAAGAUCCUUUUAGGCAUUUCAUUUAUUGGGAUAAUUGCUUUGCUCUUGCUUUUUCACUAAUUCUAUUUCACCUCCAUUAUGACCCUCAUUGUGUCUAAUGGGGCAUGAAACUUUUAGAUUAUUAUAACAUGUAUGUAUAUCCUUAUGUUUGUUUAUUGGCUGUGGGUUUUGUAUUGGGAAAAUGUAAUGACCUGGAGCUAUGUUGAACGUUGUUCGUCAAUUCUCUUUCACAUGAGGGACCAGGCUGCCCACAGAGUGUAACACAUUGGAACAAUUCUUUUGUUUUCUCUUUUUUAUAUCACAUUAUGAAACUGAUAAAUUUUUCUACGAAAUACUUUUUUGGUUGCUGAAAUUACUUUGAUACUUCUCGGUCCUGCUGAUCAACAUGUAAUGUGACAUUCAUUUUCUUUUUGAUUUGCCUCAUAUCCCAGCUACUCUGGUGAUAAGUGUUGAUUGUUACAUAAGCUGCACAAUCAUUACAUGUAUCUUCUUUACAUGAUUUCUGUUGUUUCAGUGUCCCGCUUAUCUGAACUUUUUGAUUUUGCUUUUGGCUUCUUGUCGUAGUUAUUCUUAUCUAAAAUAUGAACAUCAUUGAACAUGAGUGAAAAAGAGUUUUGUAAUGAUCAACAGUGAGAUUGUUGCUAGGAAUCUUUCUACAUGUCAGUCUCUUUUUACCUCAUCUAAGAAAGAUCUGCUAAAUAGCACUAUAUCAGCUUUGCAUUUUGGUUAUUUUGUCCAUCAUCCUGAUAAAAGUACGAAAUUUUCAAGUAACUGAAUGCUGUCAAGAAGGUCACCUGUCAAAUAUUAAAUAUUUUCAUAUGAAAAGCAAAA